AGUCCCACACACCUUCACAAAUCCUCACAUGUUGAAGCGCAUCAACUAGCUCUCGCACGGCAGUGGCAAGUUGUAAAAUAGGCUACCAGAUAACAUUGGAAUGGGACCACAAAUCAGAAGCAAGAACAACUUCCGAGUGUUUGGAGUCUCCCUACUCAAGAGGCAUCUAUUCGUUCAAAGAGAAUAAGUGUUGGAACAAGGAACAUAUUCUCAAGAACUACAAAUGGGAUAAAGAAAGAAAAUCCUAUUUUUUUUUUUUUGCUAAAUGGCCUAAAUAGCUAAUAUUUUCACCUAUGCUUAUUUGCUCAUUUAGUAUUUAAUUAUCUUUAGGCUACUUUACAUUUUACAGUAUAAUAGGCCUACAUACUUUUGGAGGAAUAUAGGCAUAGGCACACUGCCUUAACGUGAUAUCAUAUUUUCAACAUCAUAGAUAGGACUUAAAGAAGUAAACGAAACGAAACGGACGUUUUUUUGUCAGAAAUACUUAUUUGGAAAGGUGCGUCUCCUCCGCAUUGGUAAACUGGGUUACGUUAUUUUUUUAUUUUUAAUUGUGUCUUAGUUAAGAUGGCAAAGUGGUUCAAGGAAUUUCCCAGCAAUCUGAAGAACGGUGCCGACAGGACCCGUUCGGAAUCCAGAGGCAAACUGGGGAUGGUGGAAAGCAUCGGUACCAAGGCGGUGAGCUCCAAAGGUCAGAGCAAGAACUCAUCUGUUGACAGCGGAGGUGGCGGAGUUGGCUCUCUCUUGUCCGGGAGGAAUCGAAAGAAUUCUGCCCCUGACCAGGGUAAAACCGAAAAAAAUAGUUCCCCUAAGGAGGCAAAGGUUUGGGAUAGUCUUCUACCUGGCAAAAGUCGGAAAAAUUCCAAAACAGAGUGUGUCGCUGAAGAGCAACAGCAGCGAACAUCAAAGAGCUGUAGUUCAGCAAACGCUUACAUUAAUCGUCUGAUCAGAGUGGACAAACAAGACAAAACUCCGAACUUCAACAGCGCUGCCAUUACCCCUCCAGUGGUAGACCAAACUCAGAGAGAGAAACCCCAAUCACCCAACAAAACCGAAACGGUGGUGAUCCUGGAGGACUAUGCGGACCCCUUCGACGCCCAGAAGAAGAGAGAGGCAGAGAGAGCGGGGGAGAACGACGGCUACAUGGAGCCCUACGACGCACAGCAGAUGAUCACUGAGAUCCGACGACGUGGCUCCAAGGACCUGCUCAAGGUGUGUGUCCUGUCCGACCUGGAGGAGGCCCCUGUUGAGGAGGUGCCCCCCGCCUCCCCGCAGCAGAUCUACGACGUGCCCUACGAGGGCGGGAGCGGUGACGGAGGUGGCGGUGUCGGCGAGGGCUUCAGUGGAGAAGGUCAGAAGAGUCCGGUGACAUGGCUGGAGCCGGACCCCAGGCCUCCCGCCGAGUACGAGUUGCCAUGGGAAUGGAAAAAAGAACAAAUUGUCAAAACUCUGUCAGCACAGUUUGAUAGCGCGGGGCGCCCUCUGCUGGCCAGAGAGGAACCCAGACAGCACACGCUCACCAGGCACCCCCAGCACCCGCCGGCCCCCCUGCCCCUACAGCAUCACGCUAAGCAGAAGAGCUGGACUCAGAAGAUUCUGCGCUCCACACCCACCCUGUCCACCCCCUCCCCUACACCCGCUAGCUGUAGCCCCGACACAGAGAGCUGCGCGGUGGUCCCAGGGCUGCCCCUGGAGAAGCAGAGCUGGUACCAUGGCUGUGUCAGCCGCCAGGAGGCAGAGUUUGAGCUACAGCCCUGCAAAGAGGCCAGCUUCUUGGUCAGGAAUAGCGAAUCAGGAACUAGCAAGUACUCUAUCGCCCUCAAGACCAGCCAGGGGUGCGUUCACAUCAUCGUUGCCCAGACCAAGGAGAGCGGCUACACCCUGGACCAGAGCCGCUGCGUGUUCCCCAGCAUCCCGGAGGUGGUUCACCACUACUCCACCCGCCAGCUGCCCUUCAAUGACGCCGAGCACAUGAGCCUACUUCACCCCGUGCCCCGCGCACACUGACUAACCCCACCCCUCUGCCUGGCCGGCAUGAACGGAACAAGCGCACCUCUUAAUUUGUAGGUAAAACUAACUCAUAACCCCCUUCCCCGGCCAAAUGUUAAAGGUGGCAUAUUAUACCACCCGGCAUGAGUGUGAUUAGCCGUUUCCACCCGUUUUGAAAAUCGGCCUCUACUGACAUCACGAGUGGGCGUGGCCACCUAGAUAAGCAGUGGAUAGAUCAGUUAACUAGCCUACCCAGCGGACUGUAGCCAACGCUGCUCAUCUAUCCGUCAUACUAGGUGGACACGCCCACCUCGAUUUUCAAAACGGCUUGUAACGGCUAAUCUCAUUCACACCUGGGCGUAUAAUAUGUCAGCUUUGACACAUUUAAUGAAUACACUAGUGUGUAGUCAUGCUUGGGUUUCAUUUGGGUUUGUUGAUCCCCACCAUUCACCACCUUUAGAAUAUACUUUUCAUAAAGGCAUUUCAUUGUUGGACAAACAGGUGUCACUCAUAGGAAUGGAGCAGACCCAUAAUAAGUGUAAUUAGCGACAACUGUGUUUGUCCUAUAACAACACCUCUGUGGAAAGGCCCAUCAGGCUGCUGCUUAGUUGUAGAGUCUGCUAAAAACAACAUGGGUAGCUGUAGUAGAUGUCUGUUACUCUAAUCAGAACAGCCUGAACGGGUUGUGUCUCACUCACACUGAGAAAUCCCAUCUCGUGAAACCCUGCGGUUACUCUCCGCUCUGGGCUCUUCAAACAGCAGGUGGCCCCCUGGUGGUUUAAAUGUCCAACAAGGACAACGGAUCAUUGAUUUGGUUGGUUAGUUUUAAUUCAAAGAUCAUUGCUUAGGGAAAACUUGGUUCAAAGUGUUUAACCGAGAUAUAUUACACAUUGAGAUAUGAUGGAAGCACAACUGCCCGGGGCAUAUUCCUCACAACCUGGAAUGCUGCCUUCUGUUAAUGGACAAGUUACACAAUGUGAGAGACAUCAGGUCACCGGACCACACUCACCCUUUAAACACCUGAGUGACCUGCUUUCACCCUCUCCCCGAACGCCACCAAUUUGUUUACACAGUACACACGUAUCCAGCAUCUUACUUGAAUGUUUAACUACAGCAGAAUACCUUUCCCUGUUAAGCAUAGGAAGGUUUUCCUAUUUAUUUUUGCAUAGCUGGUUAGAGCAAUGUUUCUUCUUUGACCCAUGUUCCUAAGCUGAGAAAGAUGUCUGUUACUACACGCCACCUAUGUGGCUGCCGCAUUCCACCUAUGUGACUCGGGGACGCUGGGUGGUGGGGUUGAAAUCCGGUUUAUUGUAGAGGUUUGUCGGUUAUGAUACAUUGCGCUGGCGCUUCAUUCUUCCAUGCAGGAGAUCUCUCCUAGAGUGUGUGUGUGAAGGCUGGUUUAAUGUGCAUCAGGUGAGCAGCCUCCCCCAGCCCCAGGGUCCAAUCAAACUCGGCAGGUGCUUAAACCAGCCAUCUUUCACACGCACUCCCACAGUUAUGAAUAAAAUAGUUUUAUAGUUUUUAAUAGCUUUGACUGUUUUCCAAAAUUGUCUUCUUAUUCAAUUUGGUUCAUCUCCUUUCCCUUGUACUGUGAAUGAUGGAACUCCUCUCUGCACUGUGAAGUUAAAGACGGACAUGAUUCAAUGUGCCAUUACUUUGAAAAGCUGUUCCUUUCAUUGACAUUCCAGUGUGAUUUUCUUUUUUCAAAAUUAACUAUAAGGAAUAUUUUAAUCACCCAUGAAGGUGGUUAUGUUUGGUCUUAGAGGCCGGCGGCAAUUACCUAUAAAACAUUAAAGAAAUCGGGCUCCAUGGCUUGUAUGUGUUAAACUGUUACUGUCUUGUUGCUGGUAAAGUACUAAAGAAUAACUAGGUCAUUAACUCUGAACUCACUCAGCAAUGUGGUUUGUGAACUACAGCAUGGCUCUGGAGUUUUUAUUAUAAUUAUUAUUUAACAAUUAAUAAUAAUUAGUAUUAAUUGUUCAGGUGACCCUCCCUCGGUGCUCCAGGUGAGAAAGGAUUUAUGAUUGUGAUACUUUUUGCUAUUCUUUUGUAUCUAUAUAUAUAUAAAAAAUAAAUACAGUAAAAUAACA